AUGGAGUCUCAAGUGCAGAGACUGGUGGACAAGGUCUGGAAGAGGUUCCAGGAAACACCUCAAGAUCGACGUCUGUUAAUCGGAAUAGCCGGCAUCCCAGGCUCAGGCAAAACAACCCUCGCCCAAACCAUCACAAACAGCCUCAACGCCCUGUCCCUCCAAACAUCUCCCUCGUCCCCUCCCCCCGCCACCUUCAUCCCCAUGGACGGCUUCCACCUCACCCGCGCCGCCCUCUCCGCCAUGCCCGACCCGGCCGUCGCCCACGCCCGCCGCGGCGCCCCCUUUACCUUUGACGCCCCCAAGUUCCUCUCCCUCGUGCAGUCACUACGAGAACCCAUCAUCUCAGAGUCGGGGGAAACGAUAUUCGCGCCGUCGUUUGAUCACGCCGUCAAGGAUCCCAAGGAAAACGACAUUGCGGUGCUGCCGACGCAUCGGAUCGUCGUGCUGGAGGGGAAUUACCUCGCGCUGGAUAAGGACGUGUGGCGGGAUGCCGCGGCCUUGCUGGACGAGCUGUGGUUCGUCGAGGUCGAUUUCGAGGUGGCGAGGAAGAGGUUACGCGAGAGGCAUGUCCGCGCGGGCAUUGUCAAGACCGUGGAAGAGGGUGAUAGGAGGGCCUUGGAGAAUGAUCUCGUGAAUGGGAGGGAGAUUGUGGACUUUCGGUUGCCGGUACACGAGGUAAUUCAGAGCAAAGAGGAUGGAACUUGGGUGCACGAAUAG